AUGGAGAGCACCAUGUUUUGUGUGCUGUUUCUUGACGCUGUAUUUCAUGUCAAAAUAUCGGUGUGGUCCACCGAUGUAUGGUCCGACGACGAGGUGAUAAAUGAUACAGCAAUCUAUCGAUACCAAACAGCUCGUUUUGUAGUCUCUUACCCGUUUCGAAUAGAAUGGAGAGACUGUAUCCCUCUCCCGAACGUUUCUUUUUCCUCCAGAAACGAGCCAUAUAUACCUGGAACAAAGGCGUGGUCUCUCGAAGAUAAUGGGGUUUAUGCAAUUGUGAAUCUGACACAAACACCAAGAUAUCUUAACGCUGAGUUCUGGGUACAGGAUAUAUUGGACGAUGCCUGGUCCUAUCUAGAGGAAAAUAAGCCGUUGGUUCAAUUUGCCCGAAAUAUAUAA